UCGUUGUUUCUAUAUAAGCCCAUCGUCUUGUUCAGCCCACUCCAAUUAGCAUUCAAAAUCAGUUGUGACUUCUUAACAGAUUAUUUAAACAUUGUAUGUACUACUUUUUUGCUCUUCUUAUUGAAUACCGUGGACCGCCCACACCGUCCAUCCAUUGAUCGGCGCAACGCAGAGUAUUCAGAAUGUACUAUGUUUAACGUGAACCUAGUUCUAAUUACUAGUAUUAGUUCUCUUGUAAUUAUAAAUAAACAUAUAAAAUAGCAGAGGGAGUAGUGGACGAACUGAUGAGGUCGAGCUACUAUAAAUACUAACAGCAUGGCUAUGUGUAACUUAUCAACUUGCUAGGCUAAGUAUUCAAACUGAGUAGUGAUUAAUAGAUGGCGGAUUAUUCCCGUGCUAGUGAGCAGCAGGAAGCCGAUUCUGCAGCUUCUAAAGGGUGUGGAAUAUUUGAAUUUCUCAAGAAGAAACCGGAAGAUGUAUCUUCCUCCGAUGUGACCAAGGAAAACAAGGGAGAGGAGAAGCCUUCUCUGGCUGAAAGAAUUCAUAGCUCUUCAACAAGUGAUGAAGAAUCCGGUGAAAAUGGGGAAGUGAAGGAGAAGAAAAAGAAGAAGGAGAAGGAGAAGGUGUGUUGUCACAACAAGGAAGAUGAUGUAGAUCAGUGUGAAACAGAGGAGAAGAAGGGCAUUAUGGAGAAGAUCAAGGAGAAGCUUCCUGCAGCUAAAGGUCAAGACCAAGCCAAGCAGCCUGAACAUGAGGAUGGGAAGGAGAAAGGGAGUAUAGUCUGUAUAGAGAAGAUUAAAAAGAAGCUUACUAGUCAUACUAAGCACGAAGACGAUGAUGAGAAGAAAAAGGAAACUUAGUUAGUUAGAGUGUUUUUACUUUCGGUAAAUGAUUCUUCAUCUUUUUGUAUUCUCCACCUCCUCAUGUGUCUCCAGGCUAAUAUUCUCAAAACUAAAAGGUUUAAGAAAAAUGCAUAAUGGUUUUAAUAUGAAAUCAAUUAUAAAUAUCAAUAUAAAUCUAUGUAUAUU